UCCUCUUUAUAAUAUUAGUAUAGAAAUUAUAGACUAGUAGUAGAUAGAACGAGCUGGAAGUGUAACAAAUGUAAGGAAUUUAAAAAAAUGGUUAAGUAAUUAGUUAGGUACCUAUUUAGUUACUUAUCAAGAAAACAAUAGGUAGGUAGGUAGUCGCGCAUAUGAAAUAAAUUAAUGCCGCCAAUUAAUGCAUAAUUAACAUCAUUCAAAAACCGUCUAUCAACUUAAACAGAGUUAACUAGUCGCAAGCGGAACAGAACUCAUUUUCUACAGAUAAUAAACUGAUUUUUUUCAGCGAAAUAACAUUCAGCUUGCAGUAAGUAGUAAGAACACCGUUACCAACAAAGCUUCAGUGAUUUUUUUUUCCUACUUGAACCAAAAUUGUUCUAAGCGGUAAAAUAGAUUUGAAAUUGCAGUGUUCAAGAGAUUUAUUGCCGUGACUGAUGAAUUGCUGCGUGCAAUAAGCCGCUCUAAUGAGAACUCCGGCCUGUGUUGGGAUACUGAUAUUACUUAGGCUACAAGUGUUCGUGAGAUCGUUUGGUUUUUCAGUUUUACCACCAAUAUUAUCUAACAUCCCAAAUUACCUGAGGGAUUCUGAAAUGUUAUGUUUUAUUGACAAUAAUCCGUUAUUUUGUCCGAAAUCCUCUCUUAGCCCUCCAUACAUUAAACCCUAUGUCAUUAAUCCUGCUAGAGAAAGAAAAAGAUAUGAUCAAGUCAGUCCAGACUCAGUAGAUCCAAGUGCCUUUCGUCGGCCUCCAUUGCACAGUAAUCCUCAGAAACAGUUGCUUUCUUUGUUCCAAUAUCAACCCAGUGGUGAACUUCAUGGCAGUUCAUAUAAUUCGCGUCCAUUGGACCAUAAAAAAUAUGAUCAAGUCGGUCCAGACUCAGUAGAUCCAAGUGUCUUUCGUCGGCCUCCAUUGCACAGUAAUCCUCAGAAACAGUUGCUUUCUUCGUUCCAACAUCAACCCAGUUGCGAACAUCAUGGCAGUUUAUAUGAUUCGCGUCCAUUGGACCAUAAAAAAUAUGGUCCAGCCAGUCCAGACUCAGUAGAUCCAAGUGUCUUUCAUCGGCCUUCAUUGCAUAGUUAUCCUCAGAAACAGUUGCUUUCUUCUUUCCAAUAUCAAUCCAAUUCGCGUCCAUUGGACCAUAAGAAAUUUAACUAUGAGGUAACAACCGUGAAGAAUAUAAUUAAACCUUGGUCGGAAUACUCAAUUUUGCCUUCACACAGUAAUGUGGUAGAUGAAAGUGGGUCUACAACUGAACAUAAUAUAUUUACAAGUGUGACGAAGCCGGACCGAGGAAGUAAAGUGCACGAGUCUCUCUUUGAUAAGUUUACGAAAUCACUAGAUCGAUUUGAACGUAAAUUUUAUGAGACUACAUUUAAUGAACUUUUAUCUAUAAGUCCGCCCGACCGCUUUGAAAAUGGGAUCAGUUUUGCUCAAUCCGGCCUGUUCCUGUAUUUGGCGCUUAUGGCGCUGUCCACGGAAGUCGAUUGGGUUUCUUCUGCCGAAAUUGACUCCAACUUACAACUCGCAUCAUCUAACCUGGACAAAAUAAAACUUCUGAGGCAGAUCACAUCGUGGCUACCUCCGUCAAAUGAUAACCUAAAGUUCCGCUGGGCUACGCGCUUGGUGCUGGAACCAGGGUUGCCAGUUAGUCGAAAAUUUCUGAAUGGAACUGCUUCAGCUCUAAGAAUACAAGUAGAAUGGUUAAAUGGAACAGAAACAAUGGCAAAUCUUACUAACACAUUAAACAGCAGGGUGGAAACAGAUUCUGGUGGUGCGCUGCGCAAUACUUUCGAAGAAGACGAUUUCUCAGAGGGUACGUGUUCGAUUCUUCUGAAUACGAUGUACGUCCGCGCGCGCUGGCGGGCUCCGCCCACCGUGCUCAACGGCUCAUGGCCUUUCCGAGACUCUGAGCACACGCAACCUCAACGUUCAGUGAGGAUGAUCAGAAUAAACGACGUCAUGCGAUAUGCUGCUCUCAAGGAAUGGAAUGCUGAGGCUAUAGAGAUCAGAUAUGCAACACCCGGCCUCACUCUCGUGUUACUGGUUCCUGAAGGUCAUACAAUAAAGAACUUGACGACAAUUAUGACUACAAGUAGUUUGCGGGGCAUUGAUGAGAAAUUGCGUACAAUGCGGGUAGCUGCGAUAAUGCCUAUUUACACACUGCGUAUGACAUUACUGUUGCCUGGGAAACUUCAAGAGAUGGGUAUAUCUCGUUUGGUAGAGAUAAAUAAUAAAACGAGCAGUGGAUGCGGGCAACUGAGAUUAUCUCACGCAGUUCAGCGAAUCAUGUUUUGGGCGGAGGCUGGCCGAAAUGCUUAUAAAGAUGACGGUAUUGAAUGGGAUGAGUCUCCGGAGAUAGAAAUAAUCGUGGAUCGUCCAUAUCUUUUCUACGUGCGUUGGAAAAAUGUUACAUUGAUGAAUGGAAACUUUGUAUUAUAGAAUUAGAUACGUAUUGUUACUCGUAUCAUAUUGUAGUUCAGUAUAAUAAAUAACUUAUGAUGUUUGAAAAGCUUUAUUGAAUUAACCUCGUAAGUAUAUUCUUCUUCAAGGCCUGGAACUA